UUAUUCAGCAACAGCUUCUCCCUCUGUGACUUUUGCAAGACCCUUGUAGCCUCCCACUCGUCUCACUUCCCGAAAUGGCCGUUACCUUCUCAAAUCUCCACACUGACUCAGGUCUCAAGUCUCUCGACGACUUCCUAUCUGGGAAGACCUAUGUUUCUGGGGAUCAGUUCACAAAGGAUGACAUCAAAGUGUAUGCUGCUGUUUUGGAGAAGCCGGGUGAUGCUUUCCCCAGUGUUGCCAAGUGGUACGAGGUUGUCUCGUCUCACCUUGCUGCAAGCUUCCCUGGCAAUGCACAAGGGGUGAGAUUCAGUGGCAAAGCUCCUGCUCCAGCUGAGGCUGCUCCUGCAAAACCGGCUGCUGAAGAUGAUGAUGACCUUGAUCUCUUUGGCGAUGAGACAGAGGAAGACAAGAAGGCGGCAGAGGAAAGGGAGGCUGCUAAGAAGCCUGCCAAGAAGAAAGAGAGUGGCAAGUCUUCUGUUCUGCUCGAUGUCAAGCCUUGGGAUGAUGAGACAGACAUGAAGAAGCUGGAGGAGGCUGUUCGUAGUGUUGAGAUGCCUGGUCUAUUGUGGGGAGCAUCCAAACUGGUUCCUGUGGGUUAUGGAAUCAAGAAGUUGCAGAUCAUGUUGACCAUUGUUGAUGAUCUAGUAUCUGUGGACUCACUUAUUGAGGAGCAUCUGACAGUUGAGCCUGUCAACGAGUAUGUCCAAAGCUGUGACAUUGUGGCAUUCAACAAAAUUUAAGUUGUUGAACUUCAGCGUAGCCAUUUUGAAGCGGCCCAAUAGCUUGUGUUUCUUUGAUAAGUCUCAACCACUUCCUUCUAAAUCAUUCAUGCCUAGUUUGUGUUUCAGUGGUGGUUUUUUGUUACUAGAAUUCUGAGAAGUAAAAGAAAUAUAUAUUCUGAAUAUGUUGUGGUGUUGUUGCAUCUAAUGUUAUAUUCUCUCUUGAAAAAAUGUUGGUGUGUGUGGUAUUAACACUAAUCAGUGAGGGUGUCUGUUUAAUUGUAGACACAACAGUUACACACAACCUCCUUUUAUUUGUUUACAUAGCACCUGAUUGGAGGUGAUAUUCACACUGACACACUCUUUGAUUA